AAAACAGGGACGGAGGUAAAUGCAGGGUGGCUUGUUCGGGAGCCGCGGCUGUGGAGUGAGAGGGGGCUUUAGGCCAAACGUUGCCGGGCUUUACCUGGGCCCCUGGAGCCCCAGUGGGGUGGGGCAACGAUGGACUUAGGGGGCUUCUGGAUCCCUGAAAGUGAAAGCCAAGCUUUGAGGGGAUAUGCACCCUUCCAGCAAAAGCCUCAGGGAGGGAUAGUUAAGAGGGCAGUGGGGCCUGGGGUUCAAGCCUCCCUUUCCCAUCCUAUUUGUGUGAGCUGGUGUGAUUCACCUCCUGCUUUUGAGCCUCUGUUUUCUCAUCUGUAAAGUGAGGCUAAUGGUGGUACCCUCCUAAUAGAGUCACUCUGAGGAUUAAAUUACGUGGUGCACACAAAGAAGCCAGACCAGAGCCCGGCUCAAGGCAGCACCCAAUCAGUGUGAGUUGUUGUUGAUAAUGUUGCGGUUUCGGAGGGACUGUGACCCCCAAAAUAGCUUACACUGUUCAUACUCAUUCUGGGUAUGUAGGGGGCUGCAUUAAAUUCAACAGACUAUUAUUAUGUCCUCAUUCACCCCAUCUGAAAGUUGGGGAUAACACCUCUAGGAUUAAAGGAAAAUGAAGCUGCCUGUGGUUGGGGGUUCCAGGCAGUGCUAGGCUCACUCAUGAGGUGAGUGCACCCGGUUGAAAGUGCUGGUCUAGUGUUCACUAGCAAAGUCUGGUCAGCAUAUAUAUGCAACAUGGCUGUAGCUGCCUCCCCAUAAAACUGUAUUUACCAAAAGAUGAAUUGGGGCCCUAGCCUAUAACUAUACUCAAUUCUCUUGAAGAACACCUGUUAAUUCUUUUGCGUCUUCCAGGUAGGCAGUAGGAAUCUGUAGAUAGCAAUCAUCCAGAUUCCCUAUUUUUAACUCUAAUUUCUUUCCUUGCUCAAUACUUCUGGCCGAGACCUCUGGUACAAUGUUAGAUAUUUCACAGUGAUCACGGGCAGCCUUAGCUCUUGUUCAUGAAUUCAAACCCUUCAGUUUCUAGAUUGAGUAGGAGGCUGGCUUUUUGGCGGAGAGAUGUCUUAGUUAAAGAGGUAGCCAUUCAUGGCAUCAAGUUGUCUAACUCAAGAAUGGGUAUCUAAUUCUGUCAGGUGUCUCCAUAGCAUCUAUAGAUCAAGUGACUUUUAUCCCCUUAGGAUCUAUUAAUGAAGAGUUACUAUAAAUCAUAGAAUUGAGCUGUCCUUCCAUUCUCAGUAUGACCCCACGUGGUUAUUUUGUUAUGCUGAUGGAUUCUGCUUGUUAGGCGCUAUUUGUCUUCUAAGUAUUAAUAACCUAAUCAUAGGUGAGAUUUGUCCAUAGUUCUUCAUAUAAACAUCAUCAAAUCUACAUAUCACUGUUUAUUUGAUUAUGAAAUGUGGAUGAUUUUCCUUUCUUCUAGAACAGUUUAAUAGCACUGGAAUAAUAUUCUCCUUUAAGUACAUGGUAGAAUUUCCUUAUGAGACCCUCUGGGCCAGAUACUUUUUUUUUUUUUUUUUUUUUUUUGCAAUACGCGGGCCUUUCACUGUUGCGGCCUCUCCCGCAGAAGAGCACAGCCUCCGGACGUGCAGGCUCAGGGGCCAUGGCUCACGGGCCCAGCCGCUCUGUGGCAUGUGGGAUCUUCCCGGACCGGGGCACGAACCUGUGUCCUCUGCAUCGGCAGGCGGACUCCCAACCACAGUGCCACCGGGGAAGCCGAAACACCAUAUUCUUAAUCUUACCAUUUUAUCCAGUCUGAUGGUCUUUUAACUGGUCUUUGGUCAUUAAUUUAAUGUAAUCAUGGAUAUGGUUGUACUUAAGUCAAUUAUCUUGCUAUUUGUCUUCUCUUUGUGCCCUAUGCUCUUUGUUAAUUCUUUCCUUCCCGCAUGCCUUUUGAAUUAAUCAGGCAUUAUGUGGUAUCCCAUUUAUUCUUAAUUAUACCUUUUGACUUUUUUUAAAAAGUGUUUGCUCUAGAGAUUACAAUAUAUAUCCAUUGCCCUCAGUGAGAAGUUCACAGUCCUUAACAGGGUUUAUUAAGAUUCAUGACCUGAUCCCCGAUCGUAUCUCCAACCUUUCUCCUGAACCCUGCAAGCUCCGGGGGUCGGUAUUAGGCUUGUUGCAGUUCAUUAAUGUUCCACACGGACUCUAACCUUCAAGGCUCUAUCAAAGGCUUUCUUCUGCUUCCAACAUCCCACACUCCAGCUAGCUAACUAGGACUCGAGCAUCACUUCCUAAGUGUUUAGGGUGAAUGAAUGUGUGUGUAAGGCUUCCUGUAUGGGGCCAAUGCAUGUGUGUGUGUGUCAGGGAAGGGGGCAGUGGUGUUAAAUCUCCCUGCCGCAUGCUUCCCAGGCACCCAGUAAUCUUUCUUAUUAGUUAGCACAUUUGUAUGUCUGCCUUCCCAGUCAACCAUGCAGGCCCGCUGUUUGUUUUGCCAUCACUGUAUCCCAGCACUUUGCAGAGAUCUUGCACGACACAGGCAUUCAAUAAGACUACUUACCUGAAUUAAACAGAAUGAUAUGACUUAAAUGGAGAGAACUGGCUUAUUUUACAUAGAGGAACAAAAAGUCUUGAGAGCUGCUCAAGGUCACAAUGUUAGUGGCAAGGCCAAAGCAAAGACAAGAAGUGGAGUGAUCCGGAGACAGCCAAGUCUUCCCAGCCAGAUCUGUACUGAUGGAUCCUGCUCAUUGCUUUUCAUGGAGAAAAGGAAACUUUUCCUACUCAAAGGCUCGGGGCGGGCGUGGGACCUUGGUGGUCUAACUCAAAGUCCCGGAAUGUGCAGGGUCCCAGGCAGAGUUCACCAGAUGUUCUGUAGAACGAAAAGAGGAGAAAUUACAAACUCAGGUCAAAAGCUUUCAUAGGGGAAGGAUGUUUUCAGGAUGCCCUUAAUCGGAAUUAAUGUAAGUCCGGAAAGCCUUUUCCAUGGGCCGCAACCAGGCAUACAUUUGUCCAGUAACCUCGGUGACUCUGCCUGUAAAUGGGGACACUAAGGCCGGGAGGCAGAGGGAGGGGCCCCCGUGUGCCAGGGGCGGGGAGACCGGGGCGGGAAGGCCGCCAGGGCGCUGAGGCCGCAGAGAGCGGAGGUGGCAGCGGGCGGCCCGUCCCUUCCAGGCGGAGCUCUGGCCCUGGGCCCCCUCCCCUUCCGCGGCUUCCCCUCCCCGCCCCACAGUGCUGCAGCAUGUGCGCUCCCUGAGCGCAGGCCACACCCGGGAGUCCUGCGGCCUCGGGCGCGAGUUGACGAACUGUGCCCGGAACCUUCUGGGAAGCCCGACCCGGCGUGGACGGUCCCGAGUGCGAGUGCCUGGGCCCGGGUGCCCUGCGCACAGCGGCGGAGAGCGAGUCCGGGCGAGGAUUCGGACACAGACUGCGCGUGCCUGAGUGCCGGCGGCGGCUCCUCCAGCUCCGCAAAUGUUCACACUCCCUCAGAAGGACUCCGGGACACCUACCACCUCUCCGGGUUCAGUCUCCACACAGGGCCUGCACAGUAACCAUGGGGAUGGUCUGGAAAGAGAAUGCUCCGGAAAACCAGACCAGAAGCCGCUAAAGCUCUAUGGAGUGGGUGAUCCCACCGCCAUGUUCUCCUCCGACAGCACCUACCUGUCCUCUAGAGGAAGCAUCAUUAAAUGGUUCUGGGAUUCAGCAGAGGAGGGCUACAGGACCUACCACAUGGAUGAGUAUGAUGAGGAUGAGAACCCCAGUGGCAUCAUUAACUUGGGCACCAGUGAGAACAAACUCUGCUUUGACCUGCUGUCCAGGCGGCUGAGUCAGAGCGACAUGCUGCGGGUGGAGCCGUCCCUGCUGCAGUACCCUGACUGGAGGGGACAUCUGUUCCUCCGGGAGGAAGUGGCCAGGUUCCUGUCUUUCUACUGCAGGAGCCCCGCACCCCUUAAACCAGAGAACGUCGUGGUUCUGAAUGGCUGUGCCUCUCUCUUCUCCGCUCUGGCCACAGUGCUGUGUGAGGUGGGGGAGGCUUUCCUGAUCCCUGCCCCUUACUACGGAGCCAUCACGCAGCAUGUGUAUCUCUAUGGCAACGUCCGACUGGUCUGUGUCUAUCUGGACAGUGAGGUCACUGGGCUGGAGACACGCCCCUUCCAGCUCACAGUGGAGAAGCUCGAGAUGGCACUGGAAGGAGCUAAUUCUGAGGGUGUGAAGGUCAAAGGCCUCAUCCUCAUCAACCCCCAGAACCCUCUGGGUGAUGUCUAUUCCCCAGGAGAGCUGCAGGAGUACCUGAAGUUCGCCAAGAGGCAUGAGCUGCACGUGAUGGUGGAUGAGGUCUACAUGCUGUCUGUGUUUGAGGAGUCGGUUGGGUACCACAGUGUCCUGAGCCUGGAAAGGCUGCCUGACCCCCAGAGGACCCACGUGAUGUGGGCGACCAGCAAGGACUUCGGGAUGUCUGGGCUCCGCUUUGGCACGCUGUACACAGAAAACCAGGACGUGGCCACUGCGGUAUCCUCCCUCUGCCGCUAUCACGGCCUCAGUGGCUUGGUCCAGUAUCAGAUGGCACAGCUGCUCCGGGACCGUGACUGGAUCAACCAAGUGUACCUGCCGGAAAACCACGCCCGGCUCAAGGCUGCUCACACCUAUGUCUCGGAAGAGCUCCGGGCCCUGGGGAUCCCCUUCGUGAGCCGUGGGGCCGGCUUCUUCAUCUGGGUUGACUUGAGGAAGUACCUGCCCGCGGCCACCUUUGAGGAGGAGAUGCUGCUCUGGCGCCGCCUUUUGGAUAACAAGGUGCUGCUGUCCUUUGGCCAAGCCUUCGGGUGCAAAGAGCCUGGCUGGUUCCGCUUGGUUUUCUCUGACAAGACCCACCGGCUUCGCCUGGGGAUGCAGAGGGUCCGGCGGGUGCUUGAGGGCAAAUCCCAGGUGGCAGAAGACGCCCCUUCCUGCUAGACCUAGGAGCCGAGCGGUCCGCACAGGAUACGUUGAUGCCAGGAUUUGCUGUACUGGGAUGCCUGCCACUUUUCCGGAGGUCAGAACAGAAUGGCCACGUUGACGGCCCUACACAUCCUCUCCAGAGACCUCUGUUGUGAUGCUGCCACUGUUGUUGAGGGUCCCCUGUGAAGGACCCACGUGAUGAAUUCCAUUUAGAAUUUUCAGAAGGAUGACUCCUAGCUCUCCCUUAGAGGGAAUCCAAGCAGGUUUCCUAGCAGAGGCUGACUAAACUAGGAAUCUGGAUCUGAACUGAGCUCAUUGGUUUGAGUAGAGCUGGCUUGUGCUCUGCUGAAUGGCUGUGUUCCAUAUGUCUCCCUUUCUGGAGCAUGGACUGGACAUAUCCUACACCCACCUCACAUCUUCUCUGAUCACCUUUCUGCUCUGCCAGUUACUACAGCCAUCAGAUUUUGUGUUCUCUCCUUCUCUUUUCCUCUGUGUGGCUUCAUUUUCAGACAUGCUCCAUUCAGAUGGUGGCAAGAUGGCUUCCAGGCAGCUCCAGGUUACAUGGUCCUUGUAGCAGACACCUACAGGGUAUUAGCAAGAUAGACACCCUUUCUUCCUCAGCAUUCAUUUCUCUCCUGCCAUAGGAGGCCAGCAGGCCUUACCUCAAUCAUCUGCCCAUCCAGGGGAACCCAGGUUCUACUCAUCUGUCCACUCUGCCAUCCUUAGUGGGUUGGCUUUUCCCCUUCAAGCUUAUUUCCUCAUUGUCUCAAUAUGGCUACAGAAGCUCCAAACAUCACCUCCUCACCAACCACUUCCAGACACAGAAAAGAGAGUAUGUUUUUCUGUUGCCUCCUUUUCAUUUUAUUUCAUUCAUUUAAAAAAUAUUUGUUUAAGCCUCAGAUUUGUAGGAGUUCUUUGUAUGUCUGGAAAUGAGUAUUUAUUUUGCCAGAUACUCUUCAUUUAUUAACAUUCACUUUAUCAUUUUCUUUAUUCUCCUCCUGAACAUGGAAAUGACCUUAGAACACUUAACUCUCGCUCCUUUAUUUUCAUCUCCUGCCAUAUUGUUGACUAGUAUUUUAGUUAAUGCCUCUUUGUUGUUGUUGUUUUUUUCUUCCUCUGGAAAUUGUGCUUUGAAAAGUCAUGACAACCCCAGUUUGGUCGAAGACCUGGUCAAAUAGAACCUCCAGUUCUGAUGUGAACAUUUCUAACAACAUUUCUAAGGCUUCAAGACUCUCAACAGGAUAUUUAAUGUUUGACACCAUGUUUUCUCAGACUCCAUCACCCUAAGUCAAAAUUUAGGGCAUUGUUUUCCCAUAAAGAGUCUGAAAAAGAGUUCAAAAGAAACUGAGAAUAGUAGUUGCCUAUGGGGUAGGGAAACUGGGAGGAUGGGAAACAAGGACAGGAGUGAGAAUUUUUACUCUUUCUUUCACUUGUUUGGUUCUCCUGGGUUUGUUUUAAUGCUUUUUGUUUUUAAAACCACAUGAAAGCUGUAUACAGUAAAAAAAGAAAUAAACUUAAAAAUUCUAUUUAGGGAAAGUACCUAGGAGAGUUACAGAUACCAUCUAGGUCUAGUACUGGUCUCAUGUCUUUUGAGCUUCUGCUAAAACACUGCAUUCAAUUAAUUUUUAAAAACUGAAGUAAAGUUUACCUACAGUGAAUUGGGCAGAUCUUAACUGUAAGAUUCAAUGUCCUUGACAUAUAUAUAUAUAUACAUCUGUGUAACUAAUAUCCUAUCACCGUCAUGAUGUGGAACAGUUCUAUUACUGCAGAAAGUUCCUUCAAGCUCUUAUGUAAGUCUCCCAAUCUCCUACGGCAGCCACCACUCUGAUUUCUAGCUCCAUGCAUAAAGUUUCCCAAAGGGAUCAUAUAGCUGUUCACUUUUGUGUCUGGGUUAUUUUGCUCAGCUUCAUGUUUUAGGGUUCAUUUACAUUUACAUGUAUCAGUACUACAUUCUUUUCUCUCUAUGUGGUAAUAUCCCCUUUUCACUCCUAAUAGUGGUAACUUUUGCUCUCUCUACUUUUGUUUUGUCAUGAACAGUCUUGUACUGGUUUUAUCAAUUUUACUAGUUUUUCACAAUGAACUAUUACUUUUGUUAAUUCUAUUGUAUUUUUGUUUUCUAAUUUGUUAAUUUCUUUUCUUUAGGUGUUUAUAUGAGUACAUGGGACCUAUAAUUUUUGUAUAAAGGGAAAAUCAUUAUUUUUUGCUCCUUUCUUCUGCCAUUACUUUUCCCCCAUCACCUGCCAAAGCUACUGUUAUUCCCUAAUUUAAAGAAAAAGUACAAAAUAUGUGCAUCAUACUGUACAUACAUUUUAUCUCAUAAGAAAAAAGGAACUGCAAAAUACUGAUCUCUAGUUAAUGAUAUGCAUUCAA